AUGGCCAGCUCACAUCUUAUCUAUUCGGGGAAUUGCUUCCCUCUGGUCCCUCCUGGUUCCUGUGAUCAGCACUGGCACCUUUUUGAUCUUCCUCUUGGUUUCUCAUCCCUGCGUUCUUCUAUCAUAGUUGUUCCUCUAAGAAGUCUAACACUGAGUGUGAUGCACAAGAUAUUUCCUUAUGUACCUAUACGUGGAAGCCAAGGCAAGGUUAUGUCGGAACCGUUAGCUUUGUGCAUCCCCUUCAGGCUUGAGCAGUCAGGUUUCCAACGUCAACGAGUUGACCUUGUCGCCCUAAAGUUGAUUCCCUGUUGUCACUUGCCAAUGGACAAAAGUGAGGCUGACGGGUCUGAUUGGAACGUCGCUUCAGGCCCUUCCAUCAGUGAGUAUUGCAAUUUUAUCCUUAUCAGUAAAGUCAAGAACUCCAUUGAUGAAUUUGAUUUGCAAUAUCCUUUGAAGGUUGUGAGCAAAGAGAAAGUGAUCCAAGUGGGUAUGAUGGAGCACAUCAAGAGAGAAAUCUCGGUGAUGAAGAUGGUACGGCAUCCAAACAUAGUCGAGCUCCACGAAGUUUUGGCGGGCAAAUCCAAGAUCUACUUUGCCAUGGAACUCGUCCGUGGAGGCGAGCUGUUCUCGAAAAUCGCUAAGGGUCGGCUUAAAGAAGACGUGGCGAGAGUCUAUUUCCAACAACUCAUCUCCGCCAUCGAUUUCUGUCACAGCCGCGGUGUCUACCACCGAGACCUCAAGCCUAAGAACUUGCUCUUAGACGAAGAAGGUAAUUUGAAAGUCACUGAUUUUGGUCUUAGCGCUUUCACUGAUCAUUUGAAGCAAGAUGGGUUGCUACACACAACGUGUGGCACACCGGCUUAUGUGGCGCCGGAGGUGAUUGGAAAGAAAGGCUACGAUGGUGCUACAGCUGAUCUUUGGUCCUGUGGAGUUAUCCUGUUUGUUCUUCUAGCUGGGUUUUUGCCAUUUCAGGACAAUAAUCUUGUGGCCAUGUAUAAUAAGAUUUACAGAGGUGACUUCAAGUGUCCACCAUGGUUUUCUUUGCUGGGUUUAGUUUGUUCUUGCUGGGUUUAGUUCUUUCUGGGUUUU